UCACGUGACGUUACUGGACCGUGACAACAUGCCAGGUUGCUAAAUUAGCUAGUAAGCUAGCUGCACUUAGCGGAACAAAAUAUGUGGCUGGAUGAAAAUCACAGUUUUCUACGUGCCAGCAAUAAAACAAGAAUGGACUCAGAGAGAUGAAUCGACUAUGUCCGAUAUUAGAAAGACAGCCCCGGACUCAGACGAAAGGAAAACGCCCCUGCCAUGGCAGCUGGUGUCAGCAUACUGAGUGACCUGCCUCACUCCACGAGUGGAGCUUACAGCGGAGAGAUCAGCACAGAGAUGGAGACAGUGUUGGAGUUUUAUUCUUACUGUGCGGCCCGGUACCAAAUGAUCCACAGCCCGGUACUGGUCCGCGGCCCGCUGGUUGGGGACCCCUGCCCUACACCACCAGAUAUAGGGUAUUUUCCUCUUUCAUUUACAAGCCACUUGCUUCAGAUCUGUGUGGUGUGUGUCUGUGUGUGCAACAUUCGUCCCUAUCUACCUCCCCACUGACGACUUUGAAGAUGGUUGUCAUGGUGAUACUUCAAAUGCUACUAAUGAACUGAUAGGUUGCAUUUGCCUCUGGUGAUUGUUGUGUGGUGAUUCACCAUGUUGAGCCACAAGCUUUUGUUAGUAUACAGAUGCUGGCAGUGCAGACAGCAGCACGGACCACACUGUAAGAAGCAGCUGCACCCAGGACGGCACUCCUUAGCCGGGGAGAUGAUGGCAGCGUGAGGAGGCACAACUACAAGCACUCUGCCUCGGACAUCCUACUGAAGGUCCUGCAGCACUGACUCAGCUCUGCCCUGGAGACCCUCUCCUCCUUUCACAGAGUCAUGGUGGCCAUCAGCGUGAACCAGCCUCAGCCUCCCACUGAAAGCAAGACCAGGAGAUCCAAUGCUAGGGUCCCUACAGCAAAGUACACUAAGAUGGGGGAGACCCUGAGACAUGUCAUCCCCGGUCACAUGCAGUGCUCCAUGGCCUGUGGCGGGAAAGCCUGUAAAUAUGAGAACCCCUCUCGCUGGAGUGACGAGGAGCAAGCCGUCAAAGGACUCUACUCGUCCUGGAUUACCGACAACGUGCUAGCUAUGGCAAGGCCUUCCACUGAAAUCAUAGAGAAAUAUAAUAUAAUUGAACAGUUUCAAAGGUGUGGAUUGAAGACUGUCAUUAACCUGCAACGGCCCGGAGAACAUGCCAGCUGUGGCAACCCACUGGAGCAGGAAAGCGGUUUCACUUAUCGACCUGAAACCUUCAUGGAGGCAGGCAUUUAUUACUACAACUUUGGGUGGAAGGAUUAUGGUGUGGCAUCUCUGACUACGAUCCUUGACAUGGUGAAAGUCAUGUCAUUUGCUGUCCAAGAGGGGAAAAUGGCUGUCCACUGCCAUGCCGGUCUUGGAAGAACAGGUGUGUUAUUGGCUUGUUACUUGGUUUUCACAUCCCGGAUGAGCGCUGAUCAAGCCAUCCUGUUUGUGCGAGCCAAGAGACCCAACUCCAUCCAGACCAGAGGCCAGCUGCUGUGCGUCAGGGAGUUCGCCCAGUUCCUAGUUCCUCUCCGAAGCAUUUUCUCCUGCGCAGAACCCAGAGCCAGUGCCGUCACCUUGUACCAGUACCUUACCCGGCAGCGCCACCUGCUGCACGGCUACGAGGCUCGACAAAUGAAGAAUGUGCCAAAGAUCAUCCAUCUGGUUUGCAGACUCCUCAUGGACAUCGCAGCCAACAGACAGGUUGUGGUGGAAGAGGAGUGGCUAGAGAUCCCUGACCUCACAGCUGAGGUGGAGAAGACGGUGUCCCAGCAGGCCCUUCAGCAGCUUGGGAAGGAGAUGAGAGGGAAGGGGAUUCCUGUUCAACCUUGUUCAUCUCAUCCUCUCAGUGCACCUGGUCUGCACUCCAGACCUCAUCAUGAUCAACCUCUAGCCAGUGAUAAUGAGCUGUACCCUCUGUGGAGGCAGCAGAGCGUAGAAAGCCCUCUGCAGGCCUCCCUGUCCAACAACAGGAGCCUCAGUUACAGCGAUUCUGUCCUUGACAAACUUGGACCACGGCAGCACCAGUUAGGAAAUCUGAAGAGCAACAAACCAAUCACAUGCCUGAUCAAACAUUCCUCGUCUGACAGCAGCCUUACAGUCCCUCCUAGAUUGUAUGACUUCUCUCUUCAGGACAUCAGCAGCAUCAUUCAGGGCCCCAAUACAGAAUAUAAGCAAGACACUGGAUCCCCUUUAGUAAAGAGGCAACUACAUAAGGGACAUCAGAGUUUGUCUUUAGAUCUGUCCAAGCAGGGAAGAAAAUCUCAGUGUAACGUCCCACUGCCGGCCUUAUCAAACAGUAGUGAGAGGGAUGUGUCAGCGGGUGGAGCAGACAUCAGCCUCCAGUCUGAGCUCUCCCCAGAGAGCAGAUGCCUGCUGGUGGCCAACGCUCUGGCCAUGGACCUGACAGAUAAGGACUUCACCUCCAAGGUCUCAAUGUGGCAGACAGAGCUGAACUCCAGAGAGGGAGCGUGGGAGAGGCUGUGUAUGGAGCGAGAUCCUUGGGUCCUCUCCAGUCUCAUGUGGUCAUGGCUGGAGCAGCUUAAGGAUCCAGUCAUCAGCGCCGAGGAUGUAAAAGCCCUGAGGGAGAACAAUGUAAAUCCACAGAACGCCCUCGACUCGCUGGAAAAGGGCCACAGACUCACCUUGCUGUGUAUCCUCGACUGUGCUGCUCAUCUCCUGCCAAUGCCUGAACAAAUGGAGACAAGUUUUCUCAACCAAACGAUAAAAGUGUUUACUAAGAUUGACCCUGCCUCAGAGAAGGACAAGUCUUUAUACACAACACUUAAAGCAAUCCUGAUUCCCAUUCUUCAUGAGCUGUGUGACAAAGCUGUGGAGGAGAAUGAUCACUCUUGAUCCAGCCUCAACACCAACAUUGUUGGGCAUUAUUGUUUUUUAAGACUGCUCUGCCAAUCUUUAGUCUUUCAAGGUAUAUGAAGACAAUGUAAUUUGAAGCUCUAGCAUUUCAUUUUUUUUUUAAAGCUUAAUAGACUCUAAGCACUGCCAUUCUCUCUGUUAAAGUGCCAAUGUUCUUAAUUUGAAAGCAUUGGUUUGUUUACUGUAAUAUUUGUGAGGGACUAUAUGUUGCUUUUAUUGUGGAACUGUUAGUGGUAGGGAAAUGAGUGAAAAACGUUCUCAUGAUGUUAAUGUAUUUUAUUUAAAUGUGUAACUCAGCAGGCUUAUUUCUUAUUCAAACCAAAAUAUGUUUUUACAUUGUGUCUUAUUUAUUCAGUUCUUAUUUGAAAUGCAGCCAUUAGUUUAAUAACUAUAACCUUAUGUUCAUGUAGAAUGUAAAGUGUUUUCUUAGAGUCAAAUGCAAACUGUGGCUAUUGUUAUGGCAAUGCAAGUUCGACAGGCCACAGUGCAUUUGCGUUUCCAAUCAAUGUUAUGUCCUUAAUACUGUGCACUGAAAACAUGUCCCUGUGGUGUAUAUGCAUGUGUCAAACAUCAAUCUGCCUCCAUUGUUGCAUUUAGCAAAAAUGCUGCCUGCCUCAACUCAAAUGGCCUCUGCCUCAUGCUGCUGUGUGUAACAUCGCCUCGCCUCUGUGUGUGUGUGUGUAGAUGUUGAGAGAGUCACCUCAAAUGUCUCAUACACAGUAUGGAUACACUAUAAUGUAUCUGCUCACACGUUCUGAAUGUGGAACAGUGAUGAUAAUAAUUGUAAUAAUAAUAAUAUGACAUGAGACGUUGUACUGUGGGGGAUUUUCAACAAACACUAUUUUUUCAUUGUUACAACAGUCUACUUCUUACAGAAUUAAACACAACUUACUGCAAGUCGA